CAGGGGCAGAACAAUGUUGCUCUCGCUGCUGCACAUCGGUCUCGCUGCGCGCUGCCGCACUCGGCCUCCAACGAUGCAAGCCUCGGGCUUGGAGGCGGAGCGGAACAAGGCCACCGCGCGACGAGGAGUCAUGGAGCGCUCCUUCCUGCAGCCCGGCACCGCACUAGUCGCCAUAGAACAGAAGCGGGCUGCCAACCCGAUUGGCUUCGGUGCAAAGGCUGCAGCCGCGCAGGUCAAGAAGAAGAAGAAGACUAGGACAAAGGGUUCGCGGGCGCGACCGCUCUCGGCGCUGGCCACCGAGCUAAAGGCGUCAGGCGUGGUUCGAAUCGACGGCGCGCUCUCGCCGGCGCUGGUGGAAGAGCUGCGUGAGUUUGUAGACGCGGAGCGCGUCCAGGCCACCGCCGACGUCAAGGCCGGCCGCUGCGAUCAAAAGGCUCGCUUUGCCGACCUCGUCUUGCUGGACAAGCGGUGUGAUUUGCUCCUUCCGCUCCACGGUCCUCCGAUCGCGGCGCUGCAGGAACUGCUCGGCGAGGGCUCUGUCCUCGGCCCGCUGCUGCAGGAGGUGGUGGGCGAGGCGGGAGUGCUCCAGGAGCUCGCCUGCCUCACCUCGGAGCCGGGUUCGGCGCAGCAGCCCCUGCACCCGGACACGCCGUGGACGCCGAUCCCCUCGGCGUACACGGCCUUCAUCGCGCUGCAGGACGUGGACGUGGAGAUGGGGCCCACACUCUACCUGCCUGGAACGCAGACCAAAGAGGCGCACACGUCCUUCUUCGGCGGCGACCUCAGCUUGGGCAACGCGGGUGUCUCGGGCGUGCGGCGGCCGCCCAUCCCCGAGGAGUUCCUCCGCUCGCGCGAGGUGAAGCUGGGAUUGCUCAAGGCUGGCGACCUAGCACUGUACAAUCAGCAGACGCUGCAUUGCGGCUCCGCCAACGAGAGCCGCGACAAGGUGCGCCGCCAGUUUUACAUCUCGAUGAAGAACCCGCUCGCGCAGUCGAAGCUCUGUGCGAGCUUGCGACCCGCGUUCCGGAACAAGCUCACCCUGGGGGCCAUGAAGGACGAGCUCGCUGCGCUGAACGGCAGGAGGACGCGUGUCGACGAGGGGGGCGGACGCGGCUUGUUCGGCAAGCUCGACGAGGUGGACGCGCUCGAGGUACGGGACACGGAAGGUGCCGUCCAGAUUCGUUUUGGCGACGAGGGCAGCCAGCUGGGGUCCGAAUACGAAAUCAUAUGAGGCUGCCGCGGGCCGCAGCGUCCGCAACCGCAUCUCCGCAUGUCAACGUGUGUAUCACGGCCAGCCAAUAGUUCUUUUUCUCCGC